ACAACGAGAUGCUUUUAUUGCUGCUGCCUGGGGCUGCCCCGUUCUUUGGCACUUGUCUCUGCUGCGUUUCUCAUUUCCCUUGUCGUCAUCCCUGUGUCGACCCUUUGGACUGCAGCGCUGUCGAACACUUCAAGACCUGUCACAGAUCUGUCGUGGGCCUUGAUGCAUGCGACGCAAGUUUCCAUCAAAGCUCAGCCUGGCAGCCGCCGCGCUUCAAUGGACGAGGCACCACCUCCCCCCUACGAGCUCAUAUCGACCGGUUCACUACUGUCAACCUCGACUGUACUAACGUCGGAUGGCAUCCUCGACAUCAACCUCUCUUCCUCCAACGCAGCCAAGCUUCGCAGCCUCAUUCCCGACCCCCAGCCGAGGACUACAGAUGCCCAGCUCACUACUCCACCAUACUUGCAAGACUGGACGACCCCAUGUCCCAGCCUCAACAUCGUCAUCCACGUGGUCGGAAGCAGAGGUGACGUCCAGCCAUUCAUUGCCUAUGGCACCGCCUUGCAGCGCUAUGGCCACAGAGUCCGAUUAGCUACCCACGGGUGCUUUAGAAAGUUCGUGCGGGACUCUGGCCUGGAGUUCUAUGACAUUGGGGGCGACCCGACUGAUCUCAUGGCUUACAUGGUCAAGAACCCCGGCCUCAUGCCCUCCCUCGAGUCCAUGCGCGGAGGCGGCAUUGGUCGCAAGCGCAAGAUGAUGACCGAGAUGCUGCAGGGCUGCUGGAGGUCGUGCAUCGAGCCCGACGCCGUCACCCGCGCGCCGUUUGUCGCCGAGGCUAUCGUCGCCAACCCGCCGAGUUUCGCCCACGUCCACUGCGCCCAAGCCCUCGGGGUUCCCGCGCACAUCAUGUUCACCAUGCCGUGGAGCGCGACGCGCGCGUUUCCGCACCCACUGGUCAAGAUGAGCGGCGCGGGGGACAUUGAGCCUGGUGUUGCCAACUGGCUGACGUAUGGUAUGGUGGACUUGAUGACGUGGCAAGGGUGAGACUUCUCCUUUCUUCAUGGUGAGUUUCGUCGUUGAUCUGCAUGCGCAGAAAGACUCCGGGUGUCUUUGAGGUUAGGAUCUGUGUUCCUCAGACCACUGUGGUUGUCGUCCGGCCCCAUUUCAGCCACAUUAUCGGUCCGAAGGCCAUCGGUAUGCAGCGCUGAAGACGGGGGACAUCCUGGAAGCGCUAUUAAUUCUGUCAAUGAUCCUUGAAUAAUCAACAAUGAUACCGUGUUUUGAGAAUGGUAUAUACCUUGUGCGCGAAACUUAGUAGCUAUACCGUUUGGACCCA